CUCUUUCGACCGCGUCACUUAUUACUUUUUUAAAAUAACUUAUAACGUGAAUUGUUUAUAAAUAAUCAUAUAAAAUUGCCACGAAACGUGCAAAAAAGUAACUAAACAUUAGUAACAUCAGUGUGCACAAAUAGGAACUGAAAAAAGGUCUUAUGCAAAGCGGAUCGCAAAUUUUGAACGUGCAGAAAAGGACGCCGACGCCAAGCAGAUAUUAAAACGCCGCAUUCCAGCACCCUUAUCCCUAUUCCACCAUAUUACAAAGAUGAGCAAAGAUAUUUACUACUCGGAUAAAUACUAUGAUGAGAAAUUUGAGUACAGACAUGUGGUCUUGCCGAAAGAGCUUGUGAAGCUGGUGCCCAAAACGCAUCUAAUGACCGAAACCGAAUGGAGAUCAAUCGGUGUGCAGCAGUCGCGCGGCUGGAUACACUAUAUGAUACACAAGCCAGAGCCGCACAUUCUGCUAUUUCGGCGUCCCAAAACGGAGGAGUAGGCGUACAAAAACACUCCCCGCACACACACACAAAUGCAUACAUACACAUUCACACCACAUCUUACAUAUACGUAUAAGCAUACAUGGAAGCGUUCCAGCUGACGCGACGGCGCAGCUGCUUCCGCGACUGCGCAAAUGGUGGUAGCUGCACAACUGUUGCGGCAGCGGCAGCUCUUAACCAACAACAAAUUCAACACACGCACGCAUACACACUCAUACAUUUAUUCUGCUUUCUUUAAUAAUAUUCACACACUCACACAUAUACUGCUUAAAUCCUGGCACACAAGUGUUUCUCUUCACAUAUAAAUUUCCAAAUUAUGAAUACGUUGCCAUAUUGCUAUUAUAUAGAGUUUGCCAUAUUUAAAAAAUGUAAUUCUAUAACUGAUUCUCUAUUUGCGCCUUAAAUUUGCAUUCCGUUUUGCUUUUAGCCAUAGCACAGUGGGCCUUUUAAUUGUAUAAUGCUAAUAUCGCGAAACGCAGACAGCGUUAUGAAAAUUGCCUGCACAUUUUCAUUUAAUAUUAAAAAAAUAUGAUUUGUGAUCUUGAAAAUUUUUAUAAAUACAUAAU